AAGACCUGGAGAACCUCGGAGCUGCGACCUCCAGUUCACAACACCACCUGCCUCACACCCGGGCUCAUCUUUUCAUCCCACUCCCCCAACCCCCUCUCCGUUCACGGUGUCGCGGGAGGCUGCGACCUGCGUAGAUGAUUUAGCAGACUGCCCCUGCCCAUGCUCCUGCUCCUGCUCCUCCUCCUCUUACCCGCUCUCUCCCUCUCGCCUCGUCUUCCAGUCCAGGCGCUCAGACUCGGCGAAGCGCAGCGCCUGCCACCAGCGGUGCCUCGGGCUGCCCGGCGCGCCGUGCUCCCAGGUUCUGUCUCGCCGCACCCCGGCGGGCACUGGCGCGGGCAAGGACGCUGGCGGGGAGAACGCCCUGGGCUCAACGUACUCCAGAAUCGAAUGUUGAGAGAAGCAGUGCUUUGAUCCAGCUCAGGAGAAAAAGGAGCGGGUUCCGAGUGAGACUUCUGGAGCCAGCGGGACGUACCAGUUUGCCCAGUGCGGCGCGGCUGCACGCACCGUCCACAAGGAGCCUUCACUCAGAAGAAAUGCUGUGGCCCUUCCCUUUACCAACAGAAAAUGGAACACAAGAGACCACAUAGCUGAACAAAUUAUAGCCUCCUUACAAGUGAGAAACCUUCGAGGCUACGUAGUUUUCAGCCAAAGGAAAAUAACCAACAGCUUCUCCACAGUGUAGACUGAAACAAGGGAAACAUGAACAUCACAAACUGUACCACAGAAGCCAGCAUGGCUGUAAGACCCAAGACCAUCACUGAGAAGAUGCUCAUUUGCAUGACUCUGGUGGUCAUCACCACCCUCACCACGUUGCUGAACUUGGCCGUGAUCAUGGCUAUUGGCACCACCAAGAAGCUCCACCAGCCUGCCAACUACCUAAUCUGUUCUCUGGCCGUGACAGACCUCCUGGUGGCAGUGCUCGUCAUGCCCCUGAGCAUCAUGUACAUUGUCAUGGAUCACUGGAAGCUUGGGUACUUCCUCUGUGAGGUGUGGCUGAGUGUGGACAUGACCUGCUGCACCUGCUCCAUCCUCCACCUCUGUGUCAUUGCCCUGGACAGGUACUGGGCCAUCACCAAUGCUAUUGAAUACGCCAGGAAGAGGACGGCCAAGAGGGCCGCGCUGAUGAUCCUCACCGUCUGGACCAUCUCCAUUUUCAUCUCCAUGCCCCCUCUGUUCUGGAGGAGCCACCGCCGCCUAAGCCCUCCCCCUAGUCAGUGCACCAUCCAGCACGACCAUGUUAUCUACACCAUUUACUCCACGCUAGGUGCGUUUUAUAUCCCCUUGACUUUGAUACUGAUUCUCUAUUACCGGAUUUACCACGCGGCCAAGAGCCUUUACCAAAAAAGGGGAUCAAGUCGGCACUUAAGCAACAGAAGCACAGAUAGCCAGAAUUCUUUUGCAAGUUGUAAACUUACACAGACUUUCUGUGUGUCUGACUUCUCCACCUCAGACCCUACCACAGAGUUUGAAAAGUUCCAUGCCUCCAUCAGGAUCCCCCCCUUCCACAAUGAUCUAGAUCACCCAGGAGAACGUCAGCAGAUCUCCAGCACCAGGGAACGGAAGGCAGCACGCAUCCUGGGGCUGAUUCUGGGUGCAUUCAUUCUGUCCUGGCUGCCAUUUUUCAUCAAAGAGUUGAUUGUGGGUCUGAGCAUCUACACCGUGUCCUCGGAAGUGGCCGACUUUCUGACGUGGCUCGGUUAUGUUAAUUCUCUGAUCAACCCUCUGCUCUAUACGAGUUUUAAUGAAGACUUUAAGCUGGCUUUUAAAAAGCUCAUUAGAUGCCGAGAGCAUACUUAGACUGUAAAAAGCUAAAAGGCACGACUUUUUCCAGAGCCUCAUGAGUGGAUGGGGGUAAGGGGUGCAACUUAUUAAUUCUUAAACAUACUUGGUUCAGGAGAGUUUGUAAGUAUGUGUGGUCUUGUUUUCUUGUUUGUUUGUUUUGUUCUGUUUUGUUUGAGGAUUGUUAUUUGACGUGCUGUUUUCUACCUCUGGUCUUAUCUGUGAUACAUAAUUUCAAAUAAACAUUAUCACACAAAAACAGAAAUUUUGUAGAAGUAAUAAUAAGGUGAAAUAGUAAAUACUUUUUAUGGGUUUUUUGUUUGUUUAUUUUUAGCCAUUUCAGUUACCCUGCAAUUAAAGAAUGUCAAAAAUAUCUUUAUUUGCAGAAUUUCUUAUUACUUAUAAAUUAAAUACCUGA